UCCAGACAGCUCGUCAGAGAUUAAAAAAAUACAACAAAGCAAAGGCAGAUCUUCAUCCCAACAAGGAUUGCACAAGAGGAGUGUGUAUACAGGUUGAGACUAGGGAUGAGACAGAGGUACCCAAGGCUUGGCUGACAGAGCUGAGCGAACCUAUCUAUGUUACCCUCAAUGAUUCCAGGGGUUUCCUCAGAAAUAUCGUCUACACUACAAACAUGACAGAACCUACAGAUGCUAGAGUUGAACUAAUAGUAAAAAAAGUGAACUUAACCAAAGAACUUGAAACAGCACUAACUCUGAGAAAUUACAUCCAAAAAGUGGUUCAUGGACUUGUGGAGAAGGAGACGACACCAGAUAUUGCUGCUACAAUGUCAGGACUUUGGCCAUGGGAGGAUAAAAUAUCGUUCUGGCUGGAGAGAACAAGGAAUCUGACACCAGGGAAAUUCACUGCUCUUAUACGGAACCUACGGUCCCUCAAUGACACUAGUGUGGAUCUGCUUGGCAGAAUCGUGUCCAUCAGCAGUGUCUCCAUAUCGUGGCAUUUCAGUUCCCUGUGUCCAGAAGCUUGUUCUAAAAGCACGAGUCUUCCAGAAUGCAAAGAAAGCAAGGAUUGCAUUUGGGAUCACAUGUACCAAGAAUGUACCACAACACCUGUAUUACCAGAAAGGAUCCAGGCUAGUAUUUACCUCCCCUGUUUGGGUCUGUAUCAGCCUCUUGAUAGCAGAGAAGAACAGCAGGUCCUUAAGGACAUAGAGGGAGCUAUCAGAAACAUGACGGGAUUGUCUAAUAAGUCACUGCAUUCAUUUGAAGUAAAAAAGAGUAACACAUUACUGGGCCGAGUGAUGAAUUUCACCAUACAAGGAAUUUUAAACCAAAAUCGUGUGAGUGCCAUCUGGUGGGACUUAAGGAAUCAACUGGACAGGGGACAUAACUUUGUUCUAACAAUUGGAAAUCAUACAUACCAGAGCAGCACUCAACCUACAACUUAUGAAGACAUCACUAACAUGGAAAUAAAUAUGGAAUUUGCUUCACUAGACACUGAUAGUCUCCUUCAAGGCCACCCUUUAACUGCCAGGAAAGCUAUAGACCAGGAAGUUGUAAGAAUUGCCAAGGAAACAAUGUCCCCUUUGGUUACCAAGACAAUUUCCAAUAUUGCAUUUCACAAGAAUACAAUCAAAUUCAUGGUAUCCAAGAAACCAGAGGACCACAGGGAUUUACGGAAAGAAUAUUUGCAGCUGAGAGGCUUUAUCAACCAGGGACUGUUGAAUAUCCGACUGUUCAACAUGCAGUAUACUGCUUUUUCUGCCUUCUUUGUUGGAAGCUUCGGAGAACUGUGCUCAAGGCAGUGUUGGGAAGGACUUGAUGAGACAGCAUGUUCCACCAUAUCAGGAUGUUACUGGUCAGAUCAGACUCAGCAGUGUGCUGACGACAACAUUCUACCAGAAACGAAAAAAGUUACAGUUGUAUUUUCUUGUGCCAAGUUUGAAGAAUUGACCAAAGACGAGAGAAAUAAAAGCCUGGAUACAAUAAAAAAUGAAGUGGUUAAAUUUAUGCAGGGUCUACCUACAGGAGCUAAGGCCCAAUCUUUUACCUUUGGUGAUGACUUCAGGAACAGUUUUACAUUCUUGGUCCAAGGAACUGCAAGGCGAGCUCCAUUAUCAGAAAUUGUGACCAACAUCUCAAAAUGGAUAAGUGAAGGUCAACUACAACUUGUAGUCAACAACACAUGGUUCAGAGGUCAGGAUGUAGAAGAUUUCAGCAGUAUUGAGAUAGCCAUGCUCUUCCCAAAUGUAGAGUUUUCCAAGUUAGACUUGGGACGAAGAAGGAAACUAAAGGAGGAUCUGUUCCAUCAGCUACAGAGCUUGCUAUCAUCUGAUUUCUCCAUCAGUGAUAUUCAUAAUGUCUGGUUUGAUCAGAAAUAUAUUGUAUUUAAAGUGCAAAGGAACAAUUUAAAUUCCUCUGUGAGUACAGAGAUUGAGAAAUGGAAGCAGAUGUUAAAACUACAAGCUUUCUCCAUAUUACUGGAACACACAAGAAUUCAUCCCACAAAACUGGUAUAUCAGAAAAGCCUAAGUGGAAUUUGUCCUAUUUCUUGUUUUAACAGUUCUAUAAAUUCACUGUGUAGAAAAUCGCGGGGGUGUUUUUACAAUGGAACUUGGAAUAUUGACCACUGUCAGAAGAAGAAACUGAUGGGAAGCAGCCAUGUGUACACCCUAUUUGUGGCAUGUAAUGCUACAGAGGCAUUAAAUGCAUCAGAGAGGAUGGAAACAGAGCAGGACCUCAGAGGAAAGCUAGAGACUUUGUUAGGGGAGGCAAAAGAAAUCCUACAGGAUGUAAUCAUAACAGAGGAGGGUGCAGAUGUUGUUCUCCAUGCCACAACUUUACAUCCCCACCUGGAGCUUUAUGUAGAGACACUGAAUACUGAGGCAGACUACACAAAAGACUUCAGAUUUGGUCCUUCCACUGAGAAAAAUAAGUUUGCACCUCGUAAGAAGAAUGAUUCCACAAAUGUAGAUGUGAUCCUGAAAUUCAGUAGUAUUGACUUGGAGGCUUUACAGAACCUUCAUCUGGCCACCAGGGAGGACAUCUCUCAAGAUCUACAGCAGCAGGUCAACAGUCUACUAGUGGGGGAGGUGGCCCAGUCAUUUAAUCUCACCUGGAUCAAACAGGAUAGACUGUCAUUUGAGUUGAAGAAGUCUGCCCAGAGUAAAGUAAACAUGGUGGAGGAAGUGGACAAGAUAAGGGAAGCAGUUAAACACCGUCAGAUCACACUUCACGUCCACUACAUCCGGCCUAUAGUGGCUACGGAAGGACACACGGUCAACACUUUUAAAGAGCUUUGUCCAGAGAAAUAUCGAGCUUCCUCCACAGUUCCCCCUGUUAUAACAACAGUAAACAGCAUCAAUGCCUCCUAUACUACAACCAUCACAGUACCCCUCAAUAGACCAGAGUUAAUUGUGAUCUACAAUGCCUCUGAGAUUUCACGUUCAGAAGCAGAUGCCCUGGUCCUGGAUACAGUCAGAACCUGUUUUGUGGAGGUCCACUCCUGUGAAUACUGUUCUAGUCAAUUUUCCCAUGACUCCUGCUCUUUUGAACCACUCACCACUGAGAGUCCUGUCUCAACUACAAAUCAGGCUGAUGUUUCAACACCAGUGGUCAGUCCAGAUGAUCAGAUUUACUUUGGAGCUGUCACUAUCACCAUAAUGGCCACCUCAGGUUGUUUUCUAUUGGCCUUAGCUCUCUGGGCAGCUGACUAUGUCAGAAAGGCAACCACAAAGAAAUCAAAAUUCAAACGAAAAGCCAAAAACUCUGAGAGAGAGGAAACACAGCACUGACAACUGUAAAGUUAACAUACUUUUUUUUUCCAUGGAGUCAAAAUUCCACUGAAUCACAAUUACUGUUCAAUCCGUGGGAAUAUGGAUUUCUUAGAUUGCCACUAUAUGCCUUAAAUGUACUUUAAGUAUGCUGGGACAGUUCCCACGGUAAAUUUGUGACCUCAUACAUAGUGUAAAUUAAUACUACAUGGAAAAAAGUACUUCUAAAAUGUCUAUGUACAACAGAGGAUGAUAUACAUACAAUAAAACAGAUCUAGACA